AUGCAGUUGACCAACGUCGAGGGAGAAGCGCGUUGCGUGGAGAGAGCGACCGAGACAAACCGUCAGACUUGCGUACAGCGACAUUCUGACUGGUGUGAUCCAACAAUAUUCCAGAAGAACCGUCUUCCUCCUCGGGCGUAUCAUAUCCCCGAGACGGCCAUUUGUUUAAAUGGCCAGUGGGCCUUUAAUUACUCCCCAACGCCUGAGGAAGCCCCUGACGGAGCAACUUGCAGCACUCAGUCCAUAGAAGAAACAAUUCAGAAAGCGCCAAAAUGCUGGAGUUUUGUCACUGUGCCUGGUCACUGGCAACUACAAGGUUAUGGCAGACCGCAGUAUACCAACAUUGUGUAUCCCUUUCCCGCCUGCCCGCCACUUGUGCCCACAGAAAACCCUACAGGAACAUACUCCCGUUCUUUCAAGAGACCUCCAGAUUGGGAUGAUGAGCUCCAGAUCAGGUUGAGAUUUGACGGGGUCGAUAGUGCCUUUUAUGUCUGGCUCAAUGGGACACAAGUGGGUUACUCUCAAGGGAGCAGGAAUCCAGCCGAAUUCGACGUUACGGAUAUCGUGUUCGACGAUAGGCCAAACUACCUGAUUGUCCAAGUGCUCCAAUGGUGCUCGGGAAGUUACAUUGAGGACCAAGAUCAGUGGUGGCUGUCUGGCAUUUUCCGCGAUGUCCAUCUCAUCGCGUUUCCCUACCACAGACGCAUCAAUGAUGUCUUCAUCAAAACUAUACUUGACAAAGAAUAUAAAGACGCUGAAUUGAUCGUGGACUUGGACCUGGACGUUCGCCAGGAUAGUUUCCUCCUUAUCAGCCUGAAAGAUGGGAGAGGAAUAAGCUUACAUGCAGAAUACAGUUCGAUCGAGUCACCGGCGUCCAACUUCACACGAGUCAUCCCAGUCUCUAACCCGAGAAAGUGGACAGCGGAAACACCAUAUCUUUAUACUCUAGACAUCACCGUUUUGCCUGGGCGCAUAAGGCCCACACCCAAUCAUCGAAUUGUCCAGCGAAUAGGCUUCCGGUCGGUUGAGCUCAAAAAUGGUAAUAUUUGCGUCAAUGGCAAAGCCAUCACUUUCCAAGGUACCAACCGACACGAUCAUCAUCCGAAUUUGGGACGUGCGGUCGAUGAGGAGUAUAUCCGCCGAGAUCUUCUGAUGAUGAAACGCCAUAACAUCAAUGCCGUUCGGUGUUCGCACUACCCUUCUCAUCCCAGUCUCGUCAGACUCUGCGAUGAAUUAGGCCUCUGGGUGAUUGAUGAAGCCGAUCUGGAAUGUCAUGGCUUCGCAGCUGCCGGAGCACCCCGAGAUCCGGCGGAGUUUACCUCAGAUAAUGAUGCAUGGCAGCCCGCGUACCUCGACCGUAUGCAGCAGCUGGUGGAGCGAGACAAGAACCACCCCAGCGUCAUAAUCUGGUCCAUGGGCAACGAAUCAUUUCUCGGCCGUAACCAUGUCGCCAUGUCGAGAUGGGCCAAACAGCGUGACCCGACGCGUCUCAUUCACUAUGAGCCGGAUGGGCAAGCAAGAUACACUGACAUGAUCUCGCACAUGUACACGUCGCCUGGAGACUUGGUUAGAGAGGCAGAAUCCGAAGGUGAUGACUUCACCAAACCCAUUAUUCUUUGCGAAUAUGCGCACGCCAUGGGUAAUGGACCGGGGCUUUUGGAUGAGUAUCAAGAAGCGUUUCGCUCUCACCGACGGCUUCAAGGUGGGUUCAUCUGGGAAUGGGCUAACCACGGGCUCUGGAAAGAGGACAACAAUGGGAAAAAUUACUAUGCCUAUGGAGGAGACUUUGGGGAUGUUCCCAACGAUGGAACAUUCGUCAUGGACGGGCUGUGCCAUAGUGAUCACACGCCAUCACGGGGUCUGGUGGAAUUGAAGAAGGCUAUAGAGCCAAUCAAGGCAUGGGUGGACGGCCAUGAUCUGGUUGUUUCCAACCGAUAUGACUUCCUCGGACUCGAGCAUGUUGUGGCAGACUAUCGGGUAGAGGCUUUCGGGAAAGAAAACGAGACGCUGACAUGUGGUUUCCUGCAACUGCCUAGUAUUCCAGCCGGCACUCAAGCAAGAGUUCCCCUGCCGAGAGAUGUUCUUUGCGCAGAAAGCCCACAUGAACGGUGGCUGACGGUGAGGUUCCGCGAAAGGGACCGCAGGGCGUGGGCCGAACUCGGGCAUGUCACAGCAUGGAGUCAAGAUCAACUCAGGCAAACUCGCGAGAGCAACAUACCAGUGGCACCAAAUAUCCGUGCACCCCUAAUCUCGUACUCCAAGCUGAACGUCUCGUGCACCAAACUCGAAUACAAGAUCUCCACUCCAACAGUCACAAUCACAUUCGACCGAAUCCGUGGACAACUUUCUACCUGGUCACACCUAGACAGUCCACUUUUGUGCAAGAGCAAAGGUUCUUCUUCAUCGCCUGUCCUGGCGAUGGACUUCUGGCGUGCUCCAACCGACAAUGACCUUGCGUGGCAGACGGCGGAGUGGAAACGCUAUGGCCUGCACAUGAUGACCAGCCGACUGAAGUCCUUCCAGCUAGACCGACUCAACGCCAUUGCAGGCUCCGAUUCGCCCAACAGUGACUCUGAAUCAUGGUUAGUGAAUGGGGAGGUACGCCUAAAGGCACAUCAUGCUCUUGCACCACCAAGUCUCGCAUGGUACUUUGACGUCGAAACCACCUACAUCAUUAGCGCCGUGCCUCCGGCGACACCAUGGUCGUUUUAUGCGACCCUAGAGAUCCGCACACACCUCACUCCCCAGGGAGCACACCCGGCCAAUCUGCCACAUGUGGGCCACAAUCUGCAGCUGGCCCCCGGAUACAGAAAUGUGACAUGGUUCGGUCGUGGCCCCGAGGAGAGUUACAACGACAAGCGCGCCUCUCAGCGACUGGGAAUCUGGGAGUGUACGGCCGAGGAGAUGGCGACGCGUUACGACGUACCGCAGGAGCACGGCAACCGCUGCGACGUGCGGUGGUGCCGCGUGUCUCCGAGUUUGCCAUCAUCGGAUGAUUAUAUCGAUGGGGGCGAUGACAAACCACUCCCAACCAUCUGCGCAACAUUUGUUCCGUCUCGCCCCAAACAGCUCAAAGCCAAAAGUCCCGAUAGGAGUGGCAAUGCUGGCAGCGUUGUGAACGGUCAGGGGAAUGGCAGUGGCAGGGGCAGCGAUAACAAUGGCAAUGGUAAUAACGACAGCGGCGUGCCGAGUAACAGACCAACCUUCCAAUUCGCAACUCUGCUCCACGAUGCCUCCACAAUCGAAUCCGCAAAACAUCCCUGUGACCUGCUCGAGCCAGGGGCCCAACGCACCGGCAUCCUCUGGCGGCUUGAUGCCGAUGUCGCGGGCGUAGGCACCGCGGCAUGCGGCCCGGCCACGCUGCCCAAGGACCAGGUUGAGUGUAGGGAGCGAGAAUGGUCUCUGAGAUUGGAGAUGGAGUGA